UGCACAUAUACUUGUCAAACGCCAUCUCCGUCAUCACUCCCUCGAUCCCGCUGGCCCGACGCCAUCUCUGACCAUUAGAAGAACAGGGAAACACAGCCGAAACAAACGCACGCAGCGGGGGGGUGAUGGCCGUGCAAGCUCGACCUCUCUCCGACGCUUUCUCCCCGGAUUUGCGCAACCGUGGCAGAGCGGGGAAGGGUGCGCUGGGUGAUCUCCAGGCGAUGCAGGACCACCUUGGACUCCACGCCGGUCUCGGCCUCGGGAAGCAGCCGCGGCGGCACCACCGGCAGGAAAUCUUCAACGGCGCCACUGUGUCAAGCGACCCGCGGAGCGAGCUCACUUGCAAUGCCUCCGCGUCGAGGAAGCGGGCGCGGGAAGAAUCCAUGGCCGCGACAGUCAACAACAUCUCCGGGGUUCGGUUGCUCGAGUCCGGCUCCGCCUCCACCAGCGGCCGGCAGGCUCCGUCUUCUCAACCCGCAUCGCCCCUGGCUCGAGAUCUCGUUUCCCUUCUCUACCAGCAGAACCUUGAGAUCGACGCCCUCGUCCGCCUUGAGAGCGAGAGACUGCGGGCUGGAAUGGGGGAGACGUGCGAGAGGCGAUGCAGGGCUCUCGUCUCGGGGCUGGAGCAGCAGGUGGUGAAACGGUUGAUGGAGAAGGAAGCCGAGUUGGAGUGCGUCAACCGGAGGAAUGCGGAGUUGGAGCAGCAGAUGCGGCAGGUGAGCGAGGAGAACAAGAUCUGGUUUGCCAUGGCCAAGAACAACGAGGCCGUAGUGUGCAGCCUGAGGACGAGCCUGGAGCAGGCCCUUCUCCGGAGCGCCGCCGGCGAGGGGGGAGAAGGGCAGGAAGGGUACGGCGACAGCGAAGCGGCGAAGCUGCUUGUCGACGACGCGCAGUCGUGCUGCUUCGGGGUGGAAGAGAGGGUCCAGCGGCGGACGGUCUGCAGGGCGUGCGGGAAGAAGGACGUGUGCGUCUUGCUGCUCCCUUGCAAGCAUCUCUCCCUCUGCAAGGACUGCGAAUCGAAGGCGCACGCGUGUCCCAUCUGUGGCUCCUCCAAGGAGGUCUCCCUCCAAAUCUUCAUGUGCUGAGCGCCCGGGAGGCGUUCCGGUUCGGCUUCCGCAUGGUUUAUUCUCCCUGCUCGGUGGGCCGGUCGGACCGGUGGACUCCAGUCCGGUUCGUUCGUGGAAUUUGUUCGUCUCUUUGUUCUUGUUAGUAAUUUUGUUUGUUUUUGUUUAUACUUUGUGGAACUUUGGCCAAGUUUUUGGAUAGUCAUGUGACGUGACUAAAAGCAUUACAUUAUAUAUCGUACACUUUCAAAUGUAAGCUAUAUAAUACUCUUAUAUUGA